UGUUGGCUAUUUGGAGGUCCCGAGCGUAGCGUGCGAGCUCCCUGCAAUCUGCACUCACACCGAGUGCUCUGUUCUGUGCAGAUUUGAGGAAAUCACACUCAGCCAAGGAGAAGGAAGAAGGAAGGCAGCUGAAGAUCAUGUCGGGCUGUGGAGAGAAUCAGGAGGAGGCGAGAGCCAGGAUGAAGGCCGAUAACCUUUUCCAAAUGCAUCCCUCUCGGCCCCGCAAACAAAAGUCUGUCUUCUCCGAAGUAAACGAGCGUGGAGUGGACGACAUCACGCUUGAGGUUUUCUACAAACCACACACCAUCACCCUGCUUUUGGUUUCGAUUUGCGUCAUCAUGUACAUCGCAUUCACCAGGAACGAUGUCGACAUUCAGGACAACAUCUGGGCAGGCAUACUCUGCGUGGGCUUCUACUUCCUGAUCAUCUCGGUGCUUGCCUUUCCAAACGGGCCGUUCACUCGACCUCACCCGGCAAUUUGGCGCAUGGUAUUCGGUGCCAGCGUCAUUUACCUCUGCACUCUGCUUUUCCUUCUCUUCCAGCGCUAUGAGUCUGUCAUGGCCAUCUUCAGGUGGCUAGACCCAGGUCUUAAAAACUUUCACAUUGAUCAGGAAAAGGAGUAUGGAGUCAACUGCUCAGAUGUCAAUUUGGAGAAGAUUUGGAACCAUUUGGACGUGUUUGCGGUUGCUCACUUUCUUGGCUGGCUUUUCAAAGCAAUUUUGGUGCGCCACUGGGGCAUCCUCUGGGCCAUCAGCUUCAUGUGGGAGUUUACUGAGGUGCAAUUCGCUCACCUGCUGCCAAACUUCAAGGAAUGCUGGUGGGAUGCUUUGAUCCUCGACGUAUUCAUUUGCAACGGACUGGGAAUUUGGCUUGGCCUGAAGAUCUGCUCGAUCCUCGAGAUGCGCGAGUACAAAUGGGUUUCCAUCAGGGACAUUCACUCGACCACUGGCAAAAUAAAGAGAGCCGUUCUCCAAUUUACGCCUGAAAACUGGACUCACAUGCGCUGGCUCGAUCCCAAAUGCACCUACAUGCGCUUCUUUGCCGUCUGCCAGCUGGUCAUUUUCUGGCAGGUGUCUGAACUCAACACCUUCUUCCUCAAACAUAUUUUCGAAAUGCCGCCAUCUCACCCCAUCGUCGUUGGCAGACUUGCGCUCGUCGGCGUUAUUGUGGCUCCUUCUGUUCGGCAGUACUACAUUUACGUGACAGACACGCAGUGCAAGCGUGUAGGCACCCAGUGCUGGGUGUAUGGGGCCAUCAUGUUCCUGGAGGCGGUGCUGUGUAUCAAGAACGGCCGCGAACUGUUCAGCAGAACGCAGGCCUCAAACAUCAUAAUUUGGCUGCUUGCCCAGCUGUUCUGUGCCAUAGUCGUUGUCACAGGUUGCGUCCUUUGGCACUUCUACUUUAAGAAUGAAGGCGAAAAGUCCCGCGACUCGUCUCCCGUGAAGAACUUGUCUUCCCCUUCGGAUGACGAUGAGGAGGAUAUUUCAAGUCACAGCGACUAUAGAUCUGGGACAACUGCAGAUCAGACUGUGAGGAGAAGGCUGGUGCCCUCGGAGUCAGAGGAAAAUUAAAAACAAUCAAAAAGCUCCUGUUUGUGUACCAAAGUGUGUAUAUCUAGUUACACAGUACAAAGCUUUGCGAGCGCGAGUGGAUUGCUUCACGAACACCGUUAUUACACUUACAGAUUUUCAUGCGAUUGUACUGGAAUGCAAUUUCUUCAGAAAGCUUGUGCCAUGAGAUAACAUGGGGUAGCUCACUGCCUUGUUGGGUAUCCGCCUGAUUUCAGCAACAAGAGUCAUUCCAAUUACGCUUAUAUGAUAUUUAUCAGCCAUAUCAUUUUCUGCCAGUUCACUCAUUAAUUUAAAUCUGUUUCAUUCUCCAUCAGCUUACAAUUCACACAAGGUUCAAAUUAAUGAGUUAAGUACUUUUUAAAACAGCUCCUUGUGGAACCUCUGUUGUUGAUUUUAUACUCUGAAGUAUUGUUGGAAAAGAGACGAACUCUUGAAGUAUGCCUAAGGGAACUCUUUAUGUCCAAUCAAUGCUCGUUUGUCCAAAUAAUAAUUUUAGGCCAAUCAUGUUAAUGUAUGUGUCAAACUACAUCCAUGGGCAUAAUUCCUGAACGUUUUCUGUUGGAAAAACAAUCGAUCUAUUCAGGAAUCAACUUAGUUAUCCAGGUAUUUUCGCCACUUCUAUUCGAACAAACAGAUCUGUUGUGCAAAUGAAAAUGGUUGGCUCUUUUGUUACCAUUAGUUAGGUUUGCCCUUUUGUCAAUGUCAAAGUGUACAUUGUGGUAGCUUCGUUAAAGCAACUUUUAAGGUCAAGAUAAUUAGACUUUGUCCACUUUUGGCUGUGCGGCUUAUAAAUGACUCAAUUUUCGGCAAGAAGAAGUGACAAAAACAAUUUUGGUGCAUUUAGCGUAGAAAAUUAAUAGUCAUGUUGUUGAUUUAUUUUACUUCGUCUGCUGUAAAUCAAACUAUUUCAUUACUGAAAGUUGGAAAAGUCCAUUUUAUUAAAUAUUAUACUUUGCAUCCUCUCAUUUUAAUUUGUGCCCCAUGAGCACAUGAUCCUAGAGAGGAAAUUUGCAGCACUGUUAUGUUUCGUGGACCUAUUUUAACUUUUUGCCAAAUGUUUUAGUGUGCAUGCGUAGAUAAUUUUAUGUAGAAUACUUAAGCAAGAGUAAAAAAAUUGUUUUAGCUCCAAAUUAAAGAAGGAUUUAAAAUAA